CGCUGAUAAAAUUUAAAUCGAAACCUUAAAAUAGUAAUGGUAGUAAAAGUUAUAUAAAGUAGCACUAGUUGUAGUAGAAGAAGAGGAAGAAGAAAAGCCCAAAGGCACUUUCACCAAAAUUUCUCUCUUCUUUUGGAGAUCCCUUUCUACCUCAUAACCCGCACGAACGUAUAUAUUUUAAUGAAUUUUCUCGACUUUAGUAUUUGUAAAGUGUAGAUUACUGUGAAUUUCUGCAUAUAAUAAUCCCUAGUGCGAUUCGAAAAUUGAGCAUAUCAUUGUGUUUCUGAGCUGGGUUUGCUGUUCACCAGAGGAGUAUUUUUUAGCUUCGCGUCACGUGUGGUGGUGGUCUGGUGAGUCAACUCGACCGAGUCGUCAUGGGAUGCUGCGGGUCAAAGGAGCAUCUGCCGCGUUCCGGUGAGAAGGAUCAGUGGCAGCAGCAGCAGCAGUAUGGACACCGCCGUUCCUCCUCCGUCAACGCAGCCUCUACUGGGGGCUUCGCGGAGUUCUCACUGGCGGAGCUGAAGUCCGCCACCAACAACUUCAGCUCCGACAAUAUAGUCUCGGAGAGUGGGGAGAAAGCCCCCAAUGUCGUCUAUGAAGGCCGCCUGCAGAACCAGCGGUGGAUCGCUGUCAAGAAAUUUACCAAGAUGGCGUGGCCUGAUCCCAAACAGUUUGCUGAGGAAGCUAAGGAAGUGGGGAAGCUGAGGCACAAGAGGCUGGCGAAUCUGAUAGGGUAUUGUUGUGAUGGGGACGAGAGGCUGCUCGUUGCCGAAUUUAUGCCUAAUGAAACGCUCGCUAAGCAUUUAUUUCACUGGGAGAAUCAAACCCCUGAGUGGGCAAUGCGUUUAAGAGUUGCUCUAUAUAUAGCUGAAGCACUGGAUUACUGCAGCAGGGAAGGUCGACCACUCUACCAUGACUUGAAUGCCUAUAGAGUUCUCUUUGAUGAGAAUGGAGAUCCACGGCUGUCCUGUUUUGGAUUAAUGAAGAACAGCAGGGAUGGUAAAAGUUAUAGCACAAAUCUUGCUUAUACGCCUCCUGAGUAUCUGAGAAAUGGGAGGGUGACCCAGGAAAGUGUUGUUUUCAGCUUUGGAACUGUCCUGUUGGAUCUUCUUAGUGGAAAGCAUAUUCCUCCAAGUCAUGCGCUGGAUAUGAUACGAGGCAAAAAUAUUCUUCUCUUAAUGGAUUCCCAUUUAGAGGGAAAUUUCUCAACUGAAGAGGCUACUGUAGUUUUUGAUCUUGCUUCACAGUGUUUGCAGUAUGAACCAAGGGAACGGCCAAAGACCAAGGAUCUUGUUUCUACCCUCGCCCCGUUGCAAAAUAAACCCGAUGUACCAUCUUAUGUGAUGCUGGGAAUUCCAAAGCGUGAAGAAACACCAUCUACGCCACCACAUCCACUCUCGCCAAUGGGUGAUGCCUGUUCACGUAUGGAUCUCACUGCUAUCCAUCAAUUUUUGGUGAUGCAACAUUACAAAGAUGAUGAGGGAACCAAUGAGUUGUCUUUCCAAGAAUGGACUCAACAAAUGAGAGAUAUGUUGGAUGCAAGGAAAAGGGGAGACUUGGCAUUCCGUGACAAAGAUUUCAAAACUGCAAUAGAUUGCUAUUCUCAGUUCAUAGAUGUGGGCACCAUGAUUUCCCCAACUGUUCAUGCAAGACGAAGCCUUUGUAAUCUUAUGUGUGAUCAACCAGAUGCUGCCCUCCGGGAUGCGAUGCAAGCUCAGUGCAUUUAUCCUGAUUGGUCCACAGCAUUUUACAUGCAGGCUGUGGCCCUUGCCAAGCUUGACAUGCACAAGGAUGCAGCUGACAUGUUGAAUGAGGCUGCCAUGCUAGAAGAAAAGAAGCAACGAGGUGGGAAAGGAUAAUGACCCUUCCAUCUAUUACUUGUUGAGAAGUCAUGGUGUGACAAAUUCUGUCGUAAUCACAUACUGCACAGUUUGCCUAUAUCAUUUGAUCUUUUGAGGGAUGUGAUUGUUUUUCACAAAUGUACAAUAUGGAGGGAAAAAUACAUACAUUGACUUGAGUAGAUGGUCAUGCUUAAUUAUUACCACUCAAAUAUGUUGAAUAAUAUUUUAUCGCUAUCAGCGUGUACAAUUGGUAUGUAGACCUAUAUAUAAAAC